CACAUGCAGAAAAAUCCCGCGCUAGCCCGCUGGUAUCCCGUCAUUCUCUCAAAGGCGCGCUGCGCUGCUGGUGGUGUGGAGCUGAAGCUCUGUGUCGGUGCCACUGCAACUCACUCCGUAGUUUCACAAACUCACACACAUAGCCAAGAUGGCGGACUCAGACUCGUGGGACGCUGACAACUUCGAGCCGAAUGAACCGGCAGCGGCAAAGAAGCCAGCCGCGGCACUGCUGGACAAAUGGGAAGGCGAGGACGAGGAGGAAGAUGUAAAGGAUAACUGGGACGAUGAGGAGGAAGACAAGGGGGGAGAUGAGAAGCAGACAGAAGCAAAAGUCUCGGCGAAGAAGAAAAUAAAUGAUAAGAUCAAAGAAAAGGAACUCAAGCAGAAAAAACAACAGGAAGAACUUAGGAAAAGGUUAAAGGAGUCGGAGGCUGCGCGGGAGCUGACCCCGGAGGAGGAGGCGGCGGAGCGUCUGCGUCAGAAGCAGCUGCAGGAGGAGUCAGAUCUGGAGCUGGCCAGGGAGGCCUUCGGUGUGGACUCCAGCAGCUCGAAAAACAGCGCUGUUUCAGGCAUCGACAGCCUGAAUCCCUCGUCUAGAGAAGACUUUAAUACGCUCGAGAAGCUCCUGACGGAGAAGAUCACACAGUUUGACAAGUCCAUUCACUACUCUACCUUUUUGGAAUCCCUGUUUCGUGAACUGUGUAUUUCAUUGGAAGUAGAAGACUUGAAGAAAAUCAAUUCUUCUCUGACGGUGCUGCUGAAUGAGAAGCAGAAAGCGGAGAAGCAAGCGGCGAAGGGCAAGAAGGGUAAGAAGGGCAAGACCAACCUGGCGGGCGGCGGUCUGAAGAUGAAGAUGAAAGACGACCUGGACGACUACGGAGGUCUCGGAGGCGGCGGCGGCGGCUAUGAACAGGACUACGAGGACUUUAUGUGACCUCGGCCUCGCCUCUUCCUCCUCCUCCUCCUCUUCCUCCGCCUCCUCCUCCUCGACCGAUUGCUCGCUCGCGCGCGUCCAGAGGUGUCAAAAAAUCCGAUUCAGAAGUUAAAAUCCUUGCCACAGUUUCCUUCCAACACGGGUGACUUCACACACACACACACACACACACACACACACACACUUCCUCAAACAUUAUUCCCUCUAUUGAUGCCCCUCAUUUUAAAUCCAUUUUCAUUUGAAGAUGCUUGACAUGUUUUGAGGACUGAUUAGGAUCUGCUGAUUCAGUGGCUGGCAAAAUUUGUGGCAGGGUUUUUACUUUCUGAACCCGAGAUUGACACCUCUGCUUGCGUCCGAUUUAACCCCCCCAACCCCCUCAACACCACCACUUGACACGCAUACAUACAUACACGCAUAAAGAACGACAAACGUGAACAUUCAGACAAAACAUACCCUCGACUUGACUCUUCUGUACUCUAACUCUUUUGGACUUAACCUGUCUUGGACUCGACUCGACUCGACUCAACUCGACCUGACCGGCGUGUCUCAUGUGAAAGUCCCUGGAGGGACCGGAUAAAGCAGGCAGUGUAUCAACUCAGCAUUCGGCUCGAAGGACCGUUCUCUACAUCCGGAGAUGCUCAGCUCAGCUCACACCACUGUUGUCUUUCAAGGCCAUCGAAAGAGAACAGAAUGAGAGAGAAAAAUGAAAUAAGACGUAUAUUAUAAUAUUAAAUUGCCUUGUUACUUUUCCUUUAUUUUAUUUCUUUUCCCUUUUUUAUUUUUUUUUUCUCUGUGAUUUGAUCUGCCAUUCAAAAAAAACAGAAAAGAAAACGGCUUAAAUACAUGCAUACACACACACACACACACUUUUUCAAGUUAGCCCUCUGCGCUUCAAGUGCCCUCACAAGUGGCUGUGCUUAACCCUCAUAUACACGUUUGCUACACUUUUUUUUUCUUUCUUGAAAGAAAUGCAAGUUCACUUUUAGAAGGCAAUAGGAUCAUGUCACUGAUCAACACGAAUCACACACAGUACGGUAGUAUUACUUGUUCAUCAUAAAUACGAUUAGAUACUAAUUUGAUGUUCUAUGCAAAGUUCAUUCAGAAAUGUUCAUUACUACUUGGAGUAUUUUUUGCUGACCUGGUUAUUUGUAUUAUUAUUUUUUCCUUCCUACUUGGAGGUGUGCAGUGUCUAGAAACGUUAAUUGCCAAACACAGAUCUGAUGCACAUGUCCUCGAUUUCAGAAAGUUGUUUCUUUUUGAGUUAAGUGUAGUGUUUUUCUUUUACAAUAGCUAAGCAAAACAAAACUCAGUGACCAGGACUUUGACUGACUGUAUUAGGGAAGUGCAUCAGGAAUCGUUGACUUUGAAAACUGAAAAGUGAUGUGAUGCAUUUCAUGGAAUGCAGCUUUUCCCCUUCUGAUGCGUUUCCUGUUGGCUCGUUUUUCUCUCCCCCCCCCCACCCCAAACUCUAAAGGUGUAACCCUAGUGAGCGGAGGCAGAAAGAAGUCUUGGAACACAAACAAUAUUUAAGAAAACAAACAGCAGAACUCAAUAAAUCUAGUUCGCUUUUUUUCCAUUUUAUUUUUUUAAUAAGAAGGAAUGGCUUUAAGACAGUCGGUUGUUAAUAUAGAAUCAGUUGUAUGAUGCUGGAGUGAAAGGGAUCGCGUCAGGGUUGAUGGUUGGUGGUUGCGUUGUUGUUGCUCUUCGAUUAGAAGGAAGGCUGGUACAGUAGUAGGGAAAGCUCUAGAAAGUUUCUGUCAUUAAAACUGAUCUCUCGAACCUCUCGCCGCCGCUUCCGCAGGCUUGUAUCAAGUGUCUGGCGAAGCAACGUUUGGCUGGAGAACCCUUUUAGGCGAACGUUUUCACAGCGCUAACUGUGGAAUGCUGCAGGUUUUCUCCCUUCGCCCUCCCCUUUUUCUAACUCUGGUAUUAUUAUAAAGCAUUUAUUGCCUCCACUGACCGCCAUACAAUUGGAAAUCGGACAACAGUUGAAUACAUUUACCUGCAAAAUGUUUUCUUUUUACAGGACCUAAUUUAAAAGAAUCCAUUGGCCAGGAGAAAAAAAACAUGGUUCAUAGUGGUGUGAUGAACUAAUAAAAAAAGAUGGCUGCUUGAAAUCAA